AUGAACAGUUCCCCGUUUGACGGACUUUACUUCGCGGUAAAAGCAGUGUGUGCAUGUGUGUGUGUUUGUUGGCAGGCGCUGUUGGUCCACGCGGGCCGAUUCCUCAUCGGCGUGAGCUGGGGGCUGAGCGCCACCAUCGUGCCCAUGUACUGCUCCGAGAUCGCGGACAAGCGGUGCCGCGGCCACCUCAACGCCUACGUCUACCCGGCGAGCGUGCUGGGCCACGUGUGGGUGUGCGCGCUGGGCACGUGCCUGCCCUACCUGUGGUACUCGGCGGCGUGCGCGGGGCUGCCGCUGCUGGCGCUGGCCGGGCUGUGGUGGGCGCCCGAGUCGCCAGUGCACCUGGCGGAGGUCGGCCGCCACGAGGAGGCGUGGGACGUCGUUCGGUGGCUGCGGGGCGGCAGUCCCCUCGUCGACCCCAAGCCCGAGCUAGAGGCCGUCCUCGCCGCCGUCAACGCCCUCGACGAGGAGCGGACGCGCUUCGCCUGGGAGAUGCUGGCCGAGCCCAAGAUCGCGCGCGCGCUGGCGCUGUGCCUCGGCGUGCAACUCUUUCAGCUGACGUGCGGCGUGAACGCCUUCGUGUUUUACACCACGCAGAUUUUCGAGGGAGUCGGAAUCGUCCCGUCUGGGAACGUGUGCUCUAUUGUCCUGACGGUGGCGCAUUUCAUCGGGGCCGUGUGCUCCACCAAAAUGCUCAGCCGGAUGCCGCGGAGGCCUUUUCUGCUGGUGUCGGCGGUAGGAAUGGCGCUGGGCCAGGCCGGUUUCGGACUGUACAGUUACUAUUAUAGGUAUGGUUACGAUGUAAAGACGUGGGCGUGGACGCCAACGUUAUCAAUCGGGGUUUUCUACAUUUUCCAUUCAAUGGGAUUCGGUCCUUUGCCCGGAGUGUUUAUGGGGGAAAUUCUCCCUGCUCAUGUGAAGCCAUGGGCAAUACCCACCAUCGCGUUCUUUGCAAGAACUGUUGCUUCGACCCUAGCGAAAGAAGUUCCUAUAUUUAUCGAUGUUUGUCGCCAUCACGUAGUUUUUGGUAUGUUUUUUGGUGGGUUCAGCGCUCUGGGUGCUAUAUUUGUCUUUUUCUUUGUUCCGGAAACUAAAUUGAAAUCUCCAGCAUCUAACAAAAAAUCUACAGAAAGUAAUAGAUAA